CGCUCAACCCGAUGUAUGUGGGAAGCGCGGGGAUGUUGAUCAUGGCUGCGGCCGCGCUCCUAUAAUUCGAUGAAGAAGCGUCUGGUGCCGGUGUUUGCGUCCCAUUUCAUGCCAUUUGUGACGGACCAGCGCUGACGGAUGCUGGGUGCAACGACAACUUCUACCCCAGCAUUCCAUCUUGACGAAUCCUUGGAUGCGACAUCAACUCUCCCUUUUUUCUUCCGAACUCUCCGAUGCGAACAUCUCCCCAACUUCUUUACGGGUCACCUCUCAUCCUCUUGGGAGGUCGACAUUUACGGCUUGACGAAUUUGACACGUACUUCCAAUGCAUACGCGAUCCACACGACAUGCCUACUUUACCAGUUAUCUUAAUUUCUUGGGAUGCUCGUCAUCCUCGCCUUUUUUUUCGAUUCGCCUAUACCCAUUUUGUUUCAUUCUCUGUACCUGCUUGCCUGGUGCCCUGGGGUCGGGGACGUGGCAUCCGGAUAAUACGACGAUCUCCUGUGUUUGGUGUUUUUCUGCGUACAACUUGUUGUAUGCUGUUUUGGCUUGUGCAGGGGUUGUUGUUUGUGGAAAGCGUGGACAUGGCUGGUGCCAGUCCUCCCGUUGUAUACUCGCCGCUGAACGGCUUGACAACUUGGAUGCAUCCUCCUUUUUUCCUUUGUUUCGCGACACCCUUGCUUUUUGUGAGGAGUUCUAGUGGGUGGCAGCCCAGCGGGGAGACGGAAAAAAGGUGCAUAUUGUUUGGAAGUCGUUGAUAAAUAACUAAAUAAAAAGGUGUUGAAAAUAUUCUCUCUGCUCCUAUCUUGAUCUUUCAUGAACUUUUUUGUUGUAUCGGAUGAUCAUUCAUGAUUAGCAUGUCAUGUUCAUCUUUGCGUUCUUGUGAUUGAUGGAUGUGGGAAAGUGUCACCAGCGCUCCUUCUGCAAGGGAUUCACC